ACAACGUGCGUGUGACGUCACAGGCUCACUCCCGCUGCAGAAGCCGCGAUGAUGUAAACAAAGAAGCGGAUCAUCAAAUAAAGUUUGUUAAAACGGACCCGGAGCAAAGAGACGGAGGAUGGAGAUCCACAAAGUCUGAACCAGAUCCUGAACCGGAACCAGGACCAGAGCCAGAGCCAGAGCCAGAAACAGAGCCAGGACCAGGACCAGGACCGGAACCAUGUCCAUGGAAGACCCGUUCUUCGUCGUCAAAGGGGAGGUACAGAAGGCAGUGAACGCAGCGCAGAGCCUCCAUCACAGGUGGAGCGAGCUGCUGCAGGAGGGGGAUGGAGCCUCCAAAGAGGAAAUGGACUGGACGACCAAUGAGCUGAGGAACAGUCUGCGCUCCAUCGAAUGGGACCUGGAGGACCUGGACGAAACCAUCAGUAUCGUUGAGUCAAAUCCUAAAAAGUUCAACCUGGACGCUGCCGAGCUGUCGAAAAGAAAAGCAUUCAUCACCAGCACUAGGCACACAGUUAAGGAAAUGAAAGAACAGCUGUCGAGUCCAGCUGCUGCAUCCAUGGACAGAAAGAAAACACAGGCUCUUCUCGCUGAGCGUGGUGCUCGAGGUCCAAUGUGGCAGCCUGGUCCUGAUAAAUACACUAGACUGGAUCAUCAGCUACAGAACGCGAACACUCAGUUUAUCGAGGAGCAGCAGGUGCAGCAGCAGCUGAUAUCUGAGCAGCAGGACGAACAGUUGGAACUCGUGUCAGGAACGAUCGGAGUCUUGAAGAACAUGUCAGAACGAAUUGGGAUGGAGCUGGACGAACAGUCUGUGAUGUUGGAUGACUUCGGUCAUGAGAUGGACCACACUCAUUCCAGACUUGACAACGUCAUGAAGAAACUGGCCAAAGUGUCUCACAUGACCAGUGGUAAUCUGACCAGCAACACAUGAUCUCACGUCUCUGUUUCUAUUGGAGCAGCAACAAUAGAAAAUAACUGAAAUCGUCGUCAGUGGUGUGCUAUCGGAGUGUUGCUCGCCAUCCUCUUUGUCGUCCUCCUCCUCUUCUUCAUCCUCUGAUUUCAGUUCCAAAUUCAUCUAAGUCCUGUUUCUACUGGACUCUACACGGGUCUCUACUGGACUAGGGUUGGGUACCGUUCACAUUUGAGCCAGUACUGGUCCCUGUACCUGGAAGUCUGUACUGGUACCCAUUGGUACUUCUUUCGGUACUUUACUCUCACUGUAUAACUUUUCCUGCAAAGAGAAUUUCGUGUUGCCUCCGCCUCGCGACAUAAUUCCACUACAAACGCUUAUAGAGAAAAUGUUUGUCCUGGGUUCCAAUUCACCACUAUAAGCAAUUGAUUACUAUAAAAGUUGUGUAGCUUCUAUAUGAUGGACCCAGAACCUGAGGGAAAGGUAAUGGCACACACGCACACACUGACUCCGCUGCUCACUUCUCUCUCUCUUUCUCUCUGUCUUACUUUCCGUUCUUUGUCUCUGUCUCAGCUGACGUCCCUGACUCGCUACACUUUAAACGUUGAUUUGUUUGUCGCCACAAUAUCAACACUGAUUAUCACAUAAUGAUCAAUACUUUUCUUAAUGAGUCAAAACUUUCUUCCUCUCUCGUGCUGACACACACACACACACACAGUGUAUAAACUCAGUCUGGGUAAAAACAACAGACUUUGUAAACUUAGUAAAUGUGUGUAGAUCCGAAGGAGAUGGUGUCGCUCUGUUUGGUUUGAUGUGGUUGGUGCAGAGCUCAGUGUGAAUGACAGAGACACGGAGAGGAGCAGUAAAUUACUGACUGCCGCUAAAAACUGCACCAUUGACUCACCAUAGUUCUGAGCUUGGCUUUUUUCAGGGGUGAGUCACAUGGUCUCUCUCGCUCUCUCUUUAUUUAACCUAUACUGGCUCUUUCACUCUCACUCAUGUAUACACACUCUCUCACCCAGAUGCGCUCAGAGGUACCGAAAUUUGGCACCAAUUGAUUAACGUGAAUCGGGACCGGGUAGUACUGACGUAAUUCGGUCAGUUAAAGUACAGAGAUCCGUACCCAACCCUACUCUAUACUGGUCUCUACUGGUCUCCACUAGUUUGAACUGGACUCUACUGGUCUCUACUGGUCUCCACUAAUUUGAACUGGACUCUAAUGGACUCUUCUGGACUCUUCUGAAUUCUUUAAUGCCAGUUUGUUGAGUUUGAAAUUGUUAGUCUGAAAACAAAGUGUUAACACUAAAACUGUCUGUUGUUGUUUACAGUUUGAUUUUGUUGAUUUUAAGUGACUGAAACAUUUUAUUUGUAUCGCAACGGUUUAUUUCAUUUUACUUUAUUUAAUUUAAUUUAAUUUUUCCUGUAACGUAUUGAUACACACUCCAGUUUAUUGACUUUUCUACUGUUAAACUACUUGUAAAUGAAACCAUGCACUUCUUGCAGCUCCUUCACAAUAAAAGCCCUCAGGGAAUCAUUGGAAGGCUUUUAUUGUGAAUGAGUCCUUAAGGUUUGAAUAAAAUGCUGAAAUGAGGUGAACAGGCUCAUUGGAACAAGAACAUUGUUCCACACAAAGUUCAAAUUACACAGUGGCUUUUGGCUUUUAUUUUCUGGUGAAGUCCAGUACUUGACAUGUCACAUGGUAACAGUGAAAAUAAUCCUACUGUUAUUACUAGAGGCAGUUAAUACCGUCAAUAACAUUUCAGACAGGCUCAAUAACAACGUAAGAUUUAAGGAAUUCAUUUAAUCAGAGCAAACAAAAACCAAAUCAUUAAAGCAGGAGGACACAGGUUACAGCUUUGUGCUUCUCAUACACACUCCUUCAGGAACAAUACAUCACCUGAACAAAAACUGCUGAGCAUUAUUUCGCAAACUUGUUUUUAACUACUACAAAAUAAAAUCUCUGUCUGUC